GUUGCUUGCUCUUUUCCCCUACACUCCCUGGAUUACUUUCCAACGUUUUCUUAUGCUGGUUGGUUGUAUCUAUUUUGACGAUUUUAAGGUUCUCAUGGUCUGUUUCUAUAAGUCUUUGUUUGGAUAUUUGGCUCAUGUGCCGUUUGUUCCGUCCAUCACUUUUGGUUCCUUCGUGCAGCUGACUGUUCUUCCUGUGUUUGUUUAUUUCUUUGUGUUUGUUUUGUCGCGUGUUUGUUUGUUCCUCCUUUUGAUUGAAUACGUAUGACCUAAUGCUGCUCCCUCCUUACUGCUUGUUGGUUGGAUAUAUAGCUUUCCUUUUAUAAAGUUUGUUUGUGUACACAGGGAAGGGGAAAAAGAACGCCAAGGGAUGGAGCAUAAAUUGAACUCUCUUUUUUUACUUUGGUUAUGCUCCCUUACAUAUUGCAGCGACAGAGUAGUGAAAGCGGACCUGCUCCGAUCUGCUCUUCCUCGUCGUCUCUGGUAUGCCUUGUUAAUUGAAGAUCUAAGUUCUUUUUUAAAGUUUAUUUACAUGUGCAGUGAGGAGAAUAUGAUCAUUUCCCCCCUCCCUGGGGUGAGCUGUGCUUUACUACCUAUUACAGCGAAGGAGUAACGAAGGGGGAUCCGUUGCAGUUUGCUUCUGUUCGUCACUUUAGCUUUCUUCCUAUUGUAGAUCUUCGUGUUGUUCUAUCUGCAAGGAGUGUGCCACAAGGUCGAGUUUGCUACUUUGGCUUGUUGGUGCUCUUGAUCAUUUAAGGAGCUCGAGGAGCAUGGGAGACCAGCAGCAGCAGUGGAUGAGCGCCGGCGGCCUGGAUCUGCCUCCCGGGUUCCGGUUCCACCCCAGCGACGAGGAGAUCAUCACCUUCUACCUCGCACCCAAGGUGUUCGACAGGAGCUUCACCGCCACGGCCAUUGGAGAGGUCUACCUCAACAAGUCUGAGCCAUGGGAACUCCCAAGGAAGGCGAAGAUGGGGGAGAAGGAGUGGUACUUCUACUGCCAGAAGGGUCGCAAGUACCCGACGGGGAUUAGGACUAACCGGGCCACGAAGGCCGGCUACUGGAAGGCUACCGGCAAGGACAAGGAGGUCUACCGGGCCGUAGACGGGGUGCCAGCGCUCGUCGGCAUGAAGAAGACGCUCGUGUUCUACAAGGGCAGGGCUCCAACGGGCAAUAAGACUAACUGGGUCAUGCACGAGUACAGGCUCGAAGGCAGCGGCAGGCUCCCCUUCCCCACAAGCAGCUCCAGCAGCACCAUGAAAUCUUCUUCUUCUUCCAAGGACGAGUGGGUGGUCUGUCGUGUAUUUCAUAAGAGCUCAGGGAUCAAGAAGGCACCGGCGCUGUCGCACCACAUGGCCAUGGCCGCCGUCGGCGCUGAUCAGAGGAUCAUGAGCUUCCCCAUUUCCAUGCAGUUUCCCAUGGGACAAGAGGACUUCGCCGUUGACUCCAACGCACUGCGUCCCCUCAUGGACCCUGAGGCGUUGUUCUACUCCACCGCCGGAGCGAGCUCCUCGUUGGUGCCGCCCGCGCUGCCACCUCUGGCAGGCAUGGGUAGCGCCGGGCUUCAGAUGAACGGCCUAUUCGGGAACCCGAUGGCCGCGGCGCAGCCAAUGCCGUUUUACCAGCAGAUGGGGAUGGGAGCAGCAGGCGCCGGCGGUUUCACGGCCGGGCCGGAGAGCGGGCCGACGUCGAUGGUGUCGCAUGCACGACGCCGGGAUGAGCACUGACGACCAAACCAACGCCGCCGAGAUCUCGUCGGUGUGGUUUCUGCAGCCCCGUCGGCGGCGGCCACCAUUGACAUGGACGGCAUCUUGAAGUACUGAAGAAGUGAAGAUCGAAGCCGAUCGACAUCAAGGAUCCUUUAUAUAUAUAUAUAUCUAUAGCUGCACCGCAUUUGUGAAUUAAUGCAUGCGAGUUCUAUGCAUGGUUUGUGUAUAUUUUCUUUGUAACUAGCUAAGCUAGUUCCGUCGUGAGUAUAUGUGUGUAUGCAUGUACCAGUAUAUUCACCAUAUGCAUCUUUAUUUGCAUGCAUGUAUAUGUGUGUUUGGCCUUAAUAAUUUGCAGAUAUGGUUAUUAUAAAUCGAUGCAAAGCA